GAUGAGCGGCAUAGUUCAAUUUCAAACAGCAACAAAUCAAAAAGCGUUGAACAAGCGCAAAGCAAACAAAAUCUAAAACAAACUUUUACUAAAAGCAAAGUGAAUAAACUGAAUACAAAAGUAAAAAUGUCGUCUCUACCAUUGAUCCUGAGUUUGGCUGAUGACAUGAGCCGCUUGACACCAUUCUACGAACCGGUGUUUUACACUCACUGGCCCGCCGUCACAACUACACCCAGCGGCCGUUUGCGCAAAUUUGAGAAAGAUCUACCGCUAGCCACUGUGGGUAAGGAUGGCUUCCAGGCUAGCAUGGAUGUGCAGCAGUUCAAGCCGAGUGAAUUGAGUGUCAAGGUGGUCGAUGAUCACAUCGUGGUCGAGGGUAAACACGAGGAGCGUGAAGAUGACCAUGGUUAUAUCUCAAGACACUUUGUGAGACGCUACGCUUUGCCAAAGGGAUUCCAGGCUGAUAAAGUGGUCUCCACAUUGUCUUCAGAUGGUGUCUUAACUGUACAUGCGCCAAAGCCGGCCAUCGAGGAUAAGUCCAAUGAGCGUGUGAUACAAAUUCAACAAACUGGACCAGCUCACUUAAAUGUGAAAGAGAAUCCCAAAGAAAUUACCAAAGAAGAGAAGCCUAAAGCUUAACUGAUAAACCAUUUUCUUAUUUCAUACAAUUUUAUGUUCAGUAUUUCUAAGUGUUAAUUAAUUCCUAGGAGAAGAAAAGUCUGUUUGUAAUUUAAAUUUGAAAAUAAAUUCACUUUAAAACAAGAAAUAA